UCAUAGCCAUUUGCAUCUCAGCUACAGCAAGCUUGCCUUAUCCUCUGUUGUCUGACGUCUCUUUCACAGGAGAAAAAUGGUUCCAGUGGAAGCAAUGAGUGGGGUUCAGAAUGUUUUAAAACCCACCACAGACAGUGGAAGUGUCAUUCAGCACUUUGCCCACACCAUGGCUGAAGUCAUAGUCCUCUCAGCAACAUAUGAGUCCUCCUACGGCUGUCUUUCAGUCCAGGAGAGACUGGCUGAGAAGCUAGUUUCUCUGGUCAUCACAGCUAGCUUGAAGGAAGCUAUUGGAAGUGAAAGCGCUUUCUCCAAUACAAAUUCUUGGUCCUUUCCCAACUCUAGCUCAUCUUCAUACAGAAGUGGGAAUGUUCUACAUAGUGGGAAACAUAGGGAGGUUCAUUUGGACACAGAGAUGAGUGACAUCGGAGAGACAAAUCAAUCAAAAAUUAUGAGCAUCAACAACCACUGCUCUGGAUCUACCACCACCACUGUCCAACCCUCCAAGGACACCCACUCUUUUAGCUUCUUCUUACCCCAGUCGGGGCUCCCUGCGGUGGGAUCGCUGGACUACCCAGAUGCCCCCCCAACCACCCCUGUUGUUCCAGGAACGGUUCAAAGCAGAGCUAGCUUUACCCGGAAACUGAAGGGGGGUCUGGCCAAGGAGUUCCUCCCCUCACCCCCUCCCCCUACACCUAAGGAAAAUGAUAUUGAGGGGGAGCUCAAGUUCGAGGGAGCUGUUCAGGACCCUCAUGAGGAUUUUGUGGGACGGCUGUUGCGUUCCCUGUCUCUAGAACAUUCCACAAUGGAAGACUUCUGGAAAGAAGAUUUAGAUUUACCAACAGGCAUUCUGGCGGAUGGAGAGCAAGAUUGUGUGGAUAAUAGAACCAAGGAAAUGACGUACGCAGAGGCGGUCUCUGAUGACAUCAUCACCUGGAUGACAAAUAACAUGACAAAAAUCAACGAGCUCAGUCUGCUCUUUGAUCAGCUUUCGGACAAAAUCAUCACAUCGUCGCUGAGUGAGUUGAGGCUGAGGAGGUACACCACAAAGCUGGUGUCUCUUGCCUUCUCCCUGGCUAGAGUGGAGCUGAAGACAACAAUAAAGAGUUAUGACACUCUGCUUCUUCAACAGAAGAAGGACAGAGUUGACAGAGAGACACCAAACAAUCCCAAUCUCUCUACAACACUUUCCAGUCAGUCAUCCAGCAUCCAGCUCAGCUCGCCUCAAACCAAGGACAUGGAUUUGGAACCUAGUCCAAGUACAGUCAUCUCACCAACCCAUGCUACCAUUCACUCCUAUGCUAAUGACUUGGCACUGGCUGUGGUAAAGUGUUGGUUGAUAGAGAUGUCCAAGCAGUAGUGAAUGUAGUCCAGUGGUGGCUGGUGGGAAGGGAGGACGAGAGAGACAGUUUUCUUGAGUUUGAUACAGUUUUGUUCAUCCAUUUCCAGACAUUAUUAUGAGACCUUCCUGUCAUUCAAAGUAUCACCAGCCUCUGUUAUUUCUGCAGGCUUGGCUCUAGUCAUUGAGGAAUCGGUUGUAACCACAGAGGACCACAUGAGGGCAUCGUCGUUCUGCUCCUAGAAUGUCUUUUUUGGGAGGGGGACAAAAGUAAUGGUAGAGCUGAUUAACUUGAUGUACAUAACCUGAAAUUAAAAGUACAUUACCUUAAAUCAAAAUGAAGAAUAAAUUGCAAAUGUGUGUUUACUUCUGAUUAUAUCACCACAGGGUUACAGUUAGUGGUCAAAAUGGAACGUACGUGUGGUCAAAACUGAUGAGCUUGAUGUAGGCUACAUCAUCUAUAACCAAAACCCCAAAUUAAAAAAAGUAUAAUUACUUAGUGAUGGAUAUUGCCUGCCACAGAAUUAGUUGGUAAAUAUUGGACAAAGUGGCAAUGCUGUUAAAAUUUAUGAGCAUAAUAUAAGCAAUGUUUUAAUUACAUACAAUUUAACCUAGACUUUUAAGAAUAAGUAUAUAAUUAGCUUAACAAUAAUGCUUAAACUUAGAGAGAUUAUAUUUGGACUAAAGUGACUGAAUGUUGUUGGAGUUAAGGAGAUCUGUCUUUCAUCCAACAUUUUAUUUUAUCUUUACAUAUGCUACUUCGGACUCUACUGCCCAAAUGUUUCAGUUUGAAGUAUUUAGCUCCAGGUCCCUGAACUACCUUAGAGGCUGCUAAGUUAUUUAAACAUAUGGGUUUACUUAUUUCAAAAUGAAGGGAAAAUAUGUGAUAUGUUGUCUUUGUACUAUCUUCAAUUAAAUAUAGGGAUUAAAUGAUGUGCACAUCAUUUAAUUCUGUUUUUAUUUGCAUUUUACGCAGCGUCCCAACCUUUCUUGGAAGUGGGGUUGUACAAUAUUCCCUACGUGACAACAUUGUCACAGGCCUUGUAUUAAAGAGAUUAUAUUUGAGUUUGGUGAACAUUUACAAUCUAAUCUCACAGAGCAACUCACAGAUGCUUCCAUUGCUAUAGUUACAUUGCCAUCACUAAAAUUGAAAUAUAUUUUUGAGGUCCUGUUAUCUCAAUCAAUCAUGAAAAUAAAAUUUAAAGUACCAAUCAAAACAUCUGACUGCUACUGUAUAUAAAGCCAUUUUUACAUCCGCAGUUGUCACAAAGUUCUUAUUCUAAAACCCCACCCAACAACGAGCCAAAGCAGACAGCCAAGACAAUGCUGCAGUCUCUUUGGUACAAGUCGGUAUAAUGUCCUUAAAUAACCGCGCCAAGC